CUCCGACCUCUAGGACCCAAGACGCGAUGGCCUCGGAAGUGGUGUGCGGGCUGGUCUUCAGACUGCUGCUCCCCAUCUGCCUGGCAGUAGCAUGUGCAUUCCGGUACAAUGGACUCUCCUUUGUCUACCUUAUCUACCUCUUGCUCAUUCCUCUGUUCUCAGAACCAACGAAAGCAACAAUGCAAGGACACACAGGGCGGUUGUUGAAGUCUCUGUGCUUCACCAGUCUCUCCUUCCUGGUGUUGCACAUCAUUUUCCACAUCACACUGGCCAGCCUUGAAGCUCAGCACCGCAUCACACCUGGUUACAACUGCUCAACGUGGGAAAAGACAUUCCGACAGAUUGGCUUUGAAAGCUUGAAGGGAGCUGACGCUGGCAACGGGAUCAGAGUGUUCGUGCCAGACAUCGGGAUGUUCAUUGCAAGUCUGACUAUCUGGCUGGUCUGCAGAAACAUUGUUCAGAAACCAGAGAUGGAAGAAGCAGGACAAUACAAUUCUGAGUGUGAAAAUGAAGAAUUGCCUGGAGGAGAAAAGAUGGACCCAGAGGAUGCACUAAUCUAUGAAGAGGACUUCGAUGGAGAAGAAGGUGUGGAAGGCGAAUUAGAAGAAAGCACAAAGUUAAAACUGUUCCGUAGGCUGGCCUCUGUCGCCUCCAAGCUUAAGGAGUUCAUUGGCAACAUGAUAACCACGGCGGGCAAGGUCGUGGUGACCAUCCUGCUGGGCUCCUCAGGUAUGAUGCUGCCAUCUCUGACCUCAGCCGUGUACUUCUUUGUGUUUCUGGGUCUGUGCACCUGGUGGUCCUGGUGCCGAACAUUCGACCCGCUGCUGUUCAGCUGCCUCUGUGUCCUGCUGGCGAUAUUCACUGCCGGGCACCUGGUUGGACUUUAUUUAUACCAGUUCCAGUUCUUUCAAGAAGCAGUUCCACCCAAUGACUACUAUGCAAGGUUGUUCGGAAUCAAAUCAGUUAUCCAAACAGACUGCUCUAGCACCUGGAAGAUUAUAGUAAACCCAGAGCUGUCCUGGUAUCACCACGCCAACCCCAUCCUCCUGCUGGUGAUGUACUACACGCUGGCCACGCUGAUCCGCAUCUGGCUGCAAGAGCCGCUUGUGCAGGAUGAGAGAACAAAGGAAGAUGAUGGAGCCCUGGAUUGCAGCUCCAACAUGAACAUAGCAGAGAGGAGGCGGAGCCUGUGGUAUGCAACCCAUUACCCAACCGAUGAGAGAAAACUUCUGUCCAUGACCCAAGAUGACUACAAACCAUCUGAUGGCCUGCUGAUGACCGUGAAUGGCAACCCCGUGGACUACCACACCAUCCACCCAAGUCUGCCCAUAGAGAAUGGCCCUGCCAAGGCUGAUCUGUACUCCACUCCGCAGUACCGGUGGGAGCCCGCCGAGGAGUCCACAGAAAAGAAAGAGGAAGAUGAAGACAAGAAAGAAGACUCUGAAGCAGAAAGGAGUCUGGAGGAAAAAAGAAGUGUGAGAAUUCACGCCAUGGUCACGGUGUUCCAGUUCAUCAUGAAGCAAAGUUACAUCUGUGCGCUCAUUGCCAUGAUGGCAUGGAGCAUCACCUACCACAGCUGGCUGACAUUUGUGUUGUUGAUUUGGUCCUGUACUCUUUGGAUGAUUCGCAACAGAAGAAAAUAUGCCAUGAUCAGCUCUCCUUUUAUGGUUGUCUAUGGAAAUCUGCUGUUGGUAUUACAGUAUAUAUGGAGUUUUGAACUUCCUGAAAUUAGAAAGGUCCCAGGAUUUCUAGAAAAGAAGGAACCAGGAGAACUUGCUUCAAAGAUUCUCUUCACUAUCACUUUUUGGUUGCUCCUGAGGCAGCACCUCACAGAGCAAAAGGCCCUUCAGGAAAAGCGGGCUCUUUUGUCUGAAGUCAAAAUCGGAAGUGAGGAGCAUGAAGAAAAAGACGAGGAACUUCAAGAUAUGCAAGUAGAAGGAGAGCCCAGAGAAAAGGAAGAGGAAGAGGAAGUGGAAGAAGAUGAUGACCAGGACAUCAUGAAGGUGCUAGGCAAUCUGGUGGUGGCCCUGUUCAUCAAGUACUGGAUCUAUGUCUGUGGGGGCAUGUUCUUCUUCGUCAGCUUUGAGGGUAAAAUUGUCAUGUACAAAAUCAUCUACAUGGUGCUGUUCCUGUUCUGCGUGGCCCUGUACCAGGUGCACUAUGAAUGGUGGAGGAAAAUCCUGAAAUACUUCUGGAUGUCAGUGGUCAUCUACACUAUGCUGGUGCUUAUUUUUAUAUACACUUACCAGUUUGAAAACUUCCCAGGCCUAUGGCAAAAUAUGACUGGAUUGAAAAAAGAAAAGCUUGAGGAUCUUGGACUGAAGCAGUUCACUGUGGCUGAACUGUUCACACGCAUAUUCAUCCCCACCUCCUUCCUGCUGGUGUGCAUCUUACACCUCCACUACUUCCAUGACCGGUUCCUGGAACUCACAGACCUCAAGUCCAUCCCCAGCAAAGAAGACAACACCAUCUACAGCCAUGCCAAAGUCAAUGGUCGCGUGUAUCUAAUAAUAAAUAGCAUCAAGAAAAAAUUACCAAUCCACCAGAAUGAAUUGGCCCACCCAGAAGGAAGCCUCCCAGACCUAGCGAUUAUGAAUCUGACCACCAGCCUGGACAAACCUGACGUGCAGAAGUUGGUAGAGCCUGGGGAGGAGAGGUUGGAGGAAUGCUCCAAGGAGGAGGAGAAGGGUGAGCCAGAGAAAGACAGUGAGGAGUCCGAGGAGGAGGAAGAUGAGGAGGAGGAAUCUGAAGAGGAGGAGUCAUCAGAUUUAAGGAACAAAUGGCAUCUGGUGAUUGACCGACUCACUGUACUCUUCUUAAAAUUUCUGGAAUAUUUUCACAAGCUGCAGGUGUUCAUGUGGUGGAUCUUGGAGUUGCAUAUCAUUAAAAUUGUUUCUUCAUACAUUAUCUGGGUGACUGUGAAAGAGGUGUCUCUGUUCAACUAUGUAUUUUUGAUUUCAUGGGCUUUUGCUCUGCCGUAUGCCAAACUCCGCCGCGUGGCUUCCAGUGUCUGCACUGUCUGGACAUGUGUGAUCAUCGUCUGCAAAAUGUUGUACCAGCUGCAAACAAUUAAGCCUGAGAACUUUUCUGUCAACUGCUCCUUGCCAAAUGAAAACCAAACCAACAUACCACUUAAUGAGUUGAACAAGUCUCUGCUCUACAGUGCUCCUGUUGAUCCCACUGAGUGGGUUGGCCUGAGGAAGUCUUCCCCUUUACUUGUCUACCUGAGGAAUAACCUCCUGAUGUUGGCAAUUUUGGCCUUUGAAGUCACCAUUUAUCGCCAUCAGGAAUACUAUCGAGGCCGGAACAACCUGACCGCUCCAGUGUCGAAAACUAUCUUUCACGACAUCACAAGAUUACAUCUAGAUGAUGGGAUUAUUAAUUGUGCCAAAUAUUUCAUAAACUACUUCUUCUACAAGUUUGGCCUAGAGACCUGUUUCCUAAUGUCAGUGAAUGUAAUUGGCCAGCGAAUGGAUUUCUACGCCAUGAUCCAUGCCUGCUGGCUGAUUGGUGUCUUGUAUCGACGCAGAAGGAAAGCCAUCGCUGAGGUCUGGCCCAAGUACUGCUGCUUCCUGGCUUGCAUCAUCACUUUCCAGUACUUCAUCUGCAUCGGCAUCCCACCUGCCCCCUGUAAAGAUUACCCAUGGAGAUUCAAGGGUGCCAACUUCAACGACAACAUCAUCAAAUGGCUGUACUUCCCAGAUUUCAUUGUGAGGCCCAACCCUGUGUUUCUUGUCUAUGACUUCAUGCUGCUCCUGUGUGCCUCCUUACAACGGCAGAUUUUUGAGGAUGAAAAUAAGGCCGCUGUGCGUAUCAUGGCUGGGGACAAUGUUGAGAUUUGCAUGAACCUUGACGCAGCCUCAUUCAGCCAGCAUAACCCUGUACCAGACUUCAUUCACUGCAGAUCAUACUUGGACAUGUCCAAAGUGGUCAUCUUCAGCUACCUCUUCUGGUUCGUCCUCACUAUCAUCUUCAUCACUGGAACGACCAGGAUCAGCAUAUUCUGCAUGGGUUACUUGGUGGCCUGUUUCUACUUCCUGCUCUUUGGGGGUGAUUUGCUACUGAAGCCCAUCAAGAGCAUCCUACGCUACUGGGACUGGUUGAUCGCAUACAAUAUUUUUGUGAUUACAAUGAAAAAUAUACUGUCAAUAGGAGCCUGUGGAUACAUCGGAGCAUUGGUAAAAAAUAGCUGCUGGUUGAUCCAAGCUUUCAGCCUGGCCUGCACAGUGAAAGGCUAUAAAAUGCCUGAUGAGGACUCCAAGUGUAAGCUGCCCAGUGGGGAGGCGGGGAUCAUCUGGGACAGCAUCUGCUUUGCCUUCCUCCUGCUACAGAGAAGAGUCUUCAUGAGUUAUUAUUUUCUGCACGUCGUGGCUGACAUAAAAGCUUCCCAGAUUCUGGCAUCCAGAGGGGCUGAACUUUUCCAGGCCACAAUCGUGAAAGCUGUAAAGGCAAGAAUUGAGGAAGAGAAAAAGUCUAUGGACCAACUGAAGAGACAGAUGGAUCGUAUCAAAGCCAGGCAACAGAAAUACAAAAAGGGUAAGGAGCGGAUGCUGAGCUUGACCCAGGAGUCAGGGGAAGGCCAGGACAUCCAGAAAGUCUCUGAAGACGAUGAUGAAAGAGAAGCAGACAAACAGAAAGCCAAGGGCAAAAAAAAGCAGUGGUGGCGGCCUUGGGUUGAUCAUGCUUCCAUGGUCAGGAGUGGAGAUUAUUAUUUGUUUGAGACGGAUAGUGAAGAGGAGGAAGAGGAGGAGCUAAAAAAGGAAGAUGAAGAACCUCCACGGAAGUCCGCAUUCCAGUUUGUGUAUCAAGCCUGGAUUACCGAUCCUAAAACAGCGCUCCGGCAGAGGCGGAAGGAGAAAAAAAAGUCAGCAAGGGAAGAACAGAAAGGAAGGCGUAAAAGAGCUGGGGUCGGUCCAGUGGAAUGGGAAGACCAUGAGGAUGAGCCAAUCAAAAAGAAAUCUGAUGGACCAGAUAACAUCAUCAAGAGAAUAUUUAAUAUUUUGAAGUUCACCUGGGUCCUUUUCCUCGCCACCGUCGACAGUUUUACCACUUGGCUCAACUCCAUUUCAAGAGAACAUAUUGACAUAUCGACAGUUCUGAGGAUGGAGAGGUGCAUGCUGACCCGAGAGAUUAAGAAGGGCAAUGUUCCAACGCGGGAAAGCAUUCAUAUGUACUACCAGAACCAUAUCAUGAACCUUUCCAGAGAGUCGGGACUGGACACAAUUGACGAGCACCCUGGAGCUGCCUCCAGGUCCCAGACAGCUCAUAGGAUGGAUAGCUUAGAUUCCCAUGACAGUAUCUCCAGCGAGCCCACACAGUGCACCAUGCUGUAUUCACGCCAGGGAACCACGGAAACCAUCGAGGAGGUGGAGGCUGAGGCCGAGGAAGAGGUCGUGGACCCAGAGCCAGAGCUCGGUGAUGCUGAUGAGGAGUACAUGGCCGAGUAUGAAGCAGGAGUGGAAGAGGUCAGCCUCACUCCAGAAGAGGAAUUGCCUCAGUUCUCCACUGAUGAUGGGGACGUCGAGGCCCCACCCUCCUACAGCAAGGCCGUCAGCUUUGAGCACUUGUCCUUUGGCUCACAGGAUGACUCUGGUGUCAAGAACCACAUGGUAGUCAGCCCAGAUGACAGCCGCACUGACAAACUGGAGUCAAGUAUCUUACCACCCCUGACUCAUGAGCUGACGGCCAGUGAGCUGCUGCUGAACAAGAUGUUCCAUGAUGAUGAACUUGAGGAAUCUGAGAAGUUCUAUGUGGACCAGCCACGGUUCUUGCUGCUGUUCUAUGCCAUGUAUAACACUCUGGUGGCCCGCUCAGAAAUGGUGUGCUACUUUGUGAUCAUCCUCAACCACAUGAUCUCUGCCUCCAUCAUCACCCUCCUGCUGCCCAUCCUCAUCUUCCUCUGGGCCAUGCUCUCUGUCCCCAGACCUAGCCGGCGAUUCUGGAUGAUGGCCAUUGUCUACACUGAGGUGGCAAUUGUAGUCAAAUAUUUCUUCCAAUUUGGGUUCUUCCCUUGGAACAAGGACAUGGAAUUAAACAAGGACAAACCGUACUUCCCCCCAAACAUCAUAGGAGUGGAGAAGAAGGAAGGCUACGUCCUUUACGACCUCAUUCAGCUCCUGGCUCUGUUCUUUCAUCGCUCCAUUUUGAAGUGCCAUGGCUUAUGGGAUGAGGAUGACAUUGUUGACAGUGGCACAGACAAGGAAGAGACUGAUGAUGAGCUGUCCCUUGGUCAUGGCAGAAGAGACUCCUCAGACUCGCUGAAAUCUAUCAACCUGGCUGCCUCCGUGGAGUCUGUGCACGUGACCUUCCCGGAGCAGCCAAUAGCCAUCCGGAGAAAACGCUCCUGCAACAGCUCUCAGAUCUCCCCAGGGUCCAGCUUCUCCUCAAACAGGUCCAAAAGAGGUAGCACAAGCACCCGUAACAGCAGCCAGAAAGGAAGCAGUGUUUUGAGUAUUAAACAGAAAAGCAAAAGGGAGCUUUAUAUGGAAAAACUUCAAGAGCAUUUAAUCAAAGCAAAGGCAUUUACCAUUAAAAAGACUCUACAAAUCUAUGUGCCCAUCCGACAAUUCUUCUAUGACCUCAUCCACCCAGACUACAGUGCUGUGACCGAUGUGUAUGUGCUGAUGUUCCUGGCUGACACUGUGGACUUUAUCAUCAUUGUCUUUGGCUUCUGGGCCUUUGGGAAACACUCAGCAGCUGCAGAUAUCACCUCUUCUCUAUCAGAAGACCAGGUCCCUGGGCCAUUCCUGGUGAUGGUUCUCAUUCAGUUUGGAACCAUGGUGGUCGACCGUGCGCUCUACCUCAGGAAGACUGUGCUAGGCAAAGUCAUUUUCCAAGUCAUUCUCGUGUUUGGGAUUCACUUCUGGAUGUUCUUCAUCUUACCCAGUGUGACUGAGAGGAAAUUCAGUCAGAACCUGGUGGCUCAGCUUUGGUACUUUGUGAAAUGUGUGUACUUUGGGCUCUCCGCCUAUCAGAUCCGCUGUGGCUACCCAACACGCGUGCUUGGAAACUUUCUCACAAAGAGCUACAAUUAUGUCAACCUCUUCUUGUUUCAAGGGUUCCGCCUUGUUCCAUUUCUGACAGAACUGCGGGCUGUGAUGGACUGGGUAUGGACAGACACGACUUUGAGCCUCUCCAGCUGGAUUUGUGUGGAGGACAUUUACGCACAUAUUUUCAUCUUGAAGUGUUGGCGGGAGUCGGAAAAGAGAUACCCUCAGCCCCGGGGCCAGAAGAAGAAGAAGGUGGUGAAGUACGGCAUGGGCGGCAUGAUCAUUGUCCUGCUUAUCUGCAUUGUCUGGUUUCCUCUUCUCUUCAUGUCACUGAUCAAAUCUGUUGCAGGGGUUAUCAACCAGCCCCUGGACGUGUCGGUCACAAUCACCCUGGGAGGAUAUCAGCCUAUCUUUACAAUGAGUGCCCAGCAAAGCCAGCUGAAAAUCAUGGAGCAGCCAAAGUUUAAUACAUUCAUGAGAUCUUUCUCUACCAACACUGGUGCUAUGCAAUUUCUGGAAAAUUACGAAAGAGAAGAUAUAACAGUAGCAGAACUGGAGGGAAACUCAAAUUCUUUGUGGACCAUCAGCCCUCCCAGUAAGCAGAAAAUGAUACAGGAACUCAUCGACUUCAAUAGUAGCUUCUCUCUUGUUUUAUCAUGGAGUAUUCAGAGAAACAUGACUCUGGGUGCAAAAGCAGAAAUAGCAACAGAUAAGCUUUCUUUUCUUCUUAAAAAUAAUACACGAAAGAAUAUAGCAAAAAUGAUCGCUGGGAAUGACACAGAAAGUUCAAACACGCCAGUGACAAUAGAAAAGAUCUACCCAUAUUAUGUGAAAGCGCCCAGUGACUCUAACUCAAAACCUAUAAAGCAGCUUUUAUCCGAAAAUAAUUUCAUGAAUAUCACCAUCAUUUUGUCCAGAGACAAUGUCACUACAUCCAACAGUGAGUGGUGGGUUCUCAACCUAACCGGAAGUAGAAUAUACAAUCAGGAGUCUCAGGCUUUGGAGUUGGUGGUCUUCAAUGACAAAGUCAGCCCCCCAAGUCUGGGCUUUCUGGCUGGCUAUGGUAUCAUGGGAUUAUAUGCUUCAGUUGUCCUGGUGAUUGGGAAAUUUGUCCGUGAAUUUUUCAGUGGAAUUUCUCACUCCAUCAUGUUUGAAGAACUUCCAAAUGUGGAUCGAAUUUUGAAGUUGUGCACGGAUAUUUUUUUAGUUCGAGAGACAGGGGAACUGGAGCUAGAAGAAGAUCUCUAUGCCAAAUUGAUAUUCCUAUACCGUUCACCAGAAACCAUGAUCAAGUGGACUAGAGAAAAGACAAAUUGAUCCCUUAAGACUCAGAGUGGGAAUGAAGUUAACAUUUGACUUUUUUUUUUUAAAAAAAAAAAAAAAAAAGCACAAUAUUCUCCUAAGAGCUAAGCAUUUCUAGUUUGAUGGCAGCAGUUUCUCUUCGGACAGGUGGCUGAAAGAAGCUGAUUUUCUUUUGCAGUGGAAGCCACCCUGCAGAGAAGGCAGCACUGUUGAAGAAGUCACAUGUACCUCUGAAAUCAGGGCUCUUUGCUUUAUCUUGUUUUCACUCAACAGUGUCUUGCAUUUUGAUGGGUUAGGUGAAAGGUGUAUAUAGGGUCCCUUCCAUCAGUGAGAAGGGAAAGGCACCUGUUUACCCUCUAGGGGUCUCACCUUUCCUGGAGGCCUGGCCAAGUGCAACACAAGCUCUUCUCACCCCUGAGGAAGCUGCUGAGCACUGGUCCCAUGAGCUCUCAGCACAGCCAGAUGUGCAGCCACCAACAGGAGGCAGCAGCACUGCCUGAGUUUCAAGGGGAAAGAAGGAACCAGUGACCCGGAAGAUGUCGGUGGAAGGACAAGCCUCAGUCUAAGCAAAAAGAUUACAUUAGUGACACUCUUACUGCCUUAUCUUAAAUGAAGACUGGUAAGAAAUCUUUCCACAGAACACCAGUGACUUCUCAGGAAAAAAAAAAAAAAUCAGCAAAACCAAUAUGCAGACUCCUGCUUGUGAGGUCUGGUGGUAGACACCCCCCCAGGUGAUAGUAACCAUUCUGCUCCAGUUGGCUCCUGCUCCACCUGAAACAAAAGGCGGCAACUGACAGCCCAAACAGGUGGAACACCUUGACUUCCGAACUUCAGUGACUUGAGGCCAGCAGGGCUCUUCCGCCUCUCCCCACCCUCCAACACGCUUUCUUCCAUGUCCAUGAUUUAAGGCAGUGGUUUUUCCAGUAUGUGACAUUCUCCUUCCUGUUUUUCAGGUAUAUCAAAGAGUUUACAUAUUCCAAUUCACAUUUUUACAUCUGAGACGGGUUUUUUAAGUUCAUAAUUAUGAAAGAAAUAUGUAUAUUGAGCUUGGGGAAAUAAAAAAAUGGCUUUUCUUAAAUUAUUAUCAUUGGUAAUACAACCUCUUCAUGAAAUACCAAUGUAGCAUGAAAAUUUAUGAUCGAAAUGUAGUUUUCAUUCCAUAUUAAAAUACAGUUUCUGAGAAGAAUCCUUGAAUGGGCUAAAAUAUGUCAAAAAUGGCUCCCUCCCACUACUUUGGGUUCAGGGCUGACUUAAAAUAAAGCACAUCUUGCAAAAAUCACUUCCAGAGUACUCUUUUGAUUGAUUAAUUGAUGCCUUGAGUCUUUUGCAGUAAGUAGAAAA